GUCCGUUAACACGUGUCCCGUCUUCCCUUACUCCGACGGUCUCGAUCGUAAUAAAUUGAAAUUAAUUAAUACACUCGUGUGUUCUGUGCAUCGAACUGGAUUUUUAUGUUCCGUGUGAAUGUUGAACUGUGGCUUUGGCUCGUUUCAACGCUGAAGGACUGUUUUUGAAUAUUAAUGGUUUAGUGGACUUAAGGAUGCUGCUAGACUGACGAUUACUUCUCAUGUUUCGGAUUAAGUCAGCGUUAUAACAUCAAACUCCCCGCCUUCACUUAGAUCACGAGUGGCGUAUACAUGAGAUGUUAUGGGCUCCCGCGUAGUGAAGUGGCGCUGUUGGAUGGUGCUGUUUGCAUGGACAUGGAGUGCUGCAGCAGCGAAAACGCUAUGUCCGGUGCGGUGCAUGUGCGACGACGCCUUAAGAGCUGCCUCCUGCGCCAACGCAAACCUAGAAAUAGUUCCCAUACAACUCAAUCCAGAGGCAACGCUUAUGAACCUUACGCACAAUGCUAUCGACAAUCUACUCUACGCGUUCAACCUCUACACCCAGCUCACUGUUCUAGAUAUUUCUUACAACAAGAUAUUAGAUUUAGGUAGUGAAAACUUCGAAAGCAACAGUGAAAUGAGACAUUUGAAUUUAAGUCAUAAUUUCUUAAAGCGCCUUGAUAAAGACGCCUUCGUCGGAUUGAAUAGUUUGGUUGAUUUGAAUCUAUCAAACAAUGAAAUAUCGAACAUACACGUGCAGACAUUUAGAGAUUUAUCUGCUUUAGAAAGACUUGACUUCUCAAACAAUAGACUGGUUACUUUCGAACCGGAAACAUUUGAGCCCUUGUCGUCAUUGAAGAUUUUAUCACUCAGAAACAAUUCCAUAUUAGAUAUACCAUCUGCCAAUCUUGGAUUCGUCAUUCACCUUGAAUAUUUAGAUCUGUCAGAGAAUUUGAUACAGCAAGUCUCCAGACACGGUUUGCCGUUCUUGAAAGAGUUGAAACAUUUGGACUUGAAUAAUAAUAUAAUUGAAAGCGUAGAUCAAUUAGGUUUUCAUAGUUUACCUUCAUUACGUCAUUUGGACCUCAGUGACAAUAAUAUGACUCUAAUUCCAACGUCCGCUCUUUCAAAACUAUCUAACUUGUCCCAUUUGUACUUAAGUGGAAACUUUUUUCAAAACGUUUCAUCGCUUUCUUUCCAAAGUCUUUUCCUCCUGAAACACUUACACUUGAGCAGACUUUACGUACUCGAAAGAAUCGAUUCGAGAGCUUUCGUUGAUAAUAUAAAUCUGCAAAAAAUAUGGAUGAAUGAUAAUGUCAAAGUGAGGGAAGUUCCGCCGAGAUUGUUUCACGGAAAUCCGAAAUUGACAAAUAUUUAUAUGAAAAACAAUGCCUUAGAGACACUGGAAGCAUCUCAUUUUCCGAUAGACAGAUUACAAGAGCUAGAGAUUUCUGGAAAUCCAUUCGCGUGUAAUUGUUCCCUGCUGUGGUUGUGGAAGCUGGGUAAAGAAAGUGAGACCACUACUAAGAAAUCAGGGAACUCCAGUGAUUUUCUCAAAAUAGACUACGAAGACGUAAAGUGUUCAGGUCCGUUGCAAUUAAAAGGCAUGUUGUUCGUUCAGAUUCCGGAAUCUGAAUUUGGGUGCUCAAGCGGGUGGGUGAUAGAUGCUGUUGUGGUGCUAACCGUUAGUAUCAUUAUAAGCGUUGUGUGUGCCGUUUUGUAUUUUAUGGGACCGCUAAAGAAAUGCAAAGGAGAUAAAUCGAAACAGAUAAUGACUAGUGUAAUGAUGAACGGUGACGUUUCCAAAUUGGGAAACGGCCUGGGAUAUUCGAGUCGCGGUCGGGAGCAAGAUAACAAGCGUGACGUGGAUCGAUAUCUAAUGAUCGGCUCUUCGGUAACUAAUAACUUUCACUCAUUAAAUCCCCCGUGGAAUAGUGUCGAUAAGAACCCUUAUUACCAAGAAGAGAGCGAGGAGCAUAUUUACCAACAAUUUGCCUAUGAAACUAUCCCUCCUCACAGAACCCCAGAGAAACCACACAUAGUGUAUGUUUAACAGACAUAUUUUUUUUAUUGCCUUUGUAGGCAGUCGGGCACACGGCCCACCUGAUGGUGAGUGGUUACCGUCGCCCAUGGACUUCAGCAAUGCCAGGGGCAGAGCCAAGCCGCUGCCUACAAUUACAAUGAAAGACAAUUUUGCAGACUGCUAUUUCGAAAAGUUAUACGACAAAUAAGUGUCAUUGUAAGAAAGACAGACACUGAUUCGCAAUAAUGUAAAUAGUGAUAAUAAUAAUGUAAUAUGUGAUAGCUUUGUAAAUAAACGUGUAAAUAUAUACUAUGACGUAUAGGAACGUACCUAUUAUAGUAUCGGUUUUCUACCAAAUUAAUUUUUUCAUGAUUAAAAUCAAACAUAUCGACGCUUGAAAGGCAAACGUGACUAAGCGACAAUGCGUGAACUUUACAAU